UCCGCUAGAGGCGGGGCGGGGUGGGGCGGGGCUGAGAGCCGGGGCAGAUCACCUGAACCCUCUGCUUGGCUAGAGGGUCUCUGGCAGCUAGUGUGUCAACCCUACUUGCUUUCUACCCAGAGCUAGGGUCCUCUCUGGAUGGAGGAUGGGGGUGACUGCUCCCAGAGCAGAGCCUUGGCCUGCAGAGGACCGGGAGCGGGAGGAGGCGGGAACCUCGGCUCUGUCCCGUCGCCGUCUCAGCAGAUUCUUGCUUUAUCUCUACCUGGUGGGCUUCCUGGAUUUUUUUGGUGUAAGCAUGGUAGUUCCUUUAUUAAGUGUUCAUAUCAAAUCCCUUGGAGCAAGUCCAACUACUGCAGGAGUAGUAGGAUCCCUGUAUGGUGUUUUACAGCUCUUUUCUAGCACAGUAGUGGGCUGCUGGAGUGAUGUAGUAGGAAGACAGUAUUCGCUACUUGUGUGUAUUCUGUUCAGUGCUCUAGGUUAUCUACUCCUGGGCAUGUCCACUAGCUUAUUCUUAGUUGCCAUCGCUAGAAUUCCCGUUGGUAUAUUCAAGCACACGCUUUCAAUCUCAAGAGCUCUUCUUUCGGAUCUGGUUUUAGAGAGAGAGCGCCCGCUGGUAAUAGGGAAAUUCAAUACAGCAUCAAAUGUGGGUUUUAUCUUGGGUCCUAUGGUUGGUGGAUAUCUUACUGAGUUAGAAGGUGGAUUUUAUAUAACAUCCUUCAUCUGUUUCUCUAUCUUCAUGCUGAAUGCUGGUCUUGUCUGGAUAUUUCCAUGGAAUGACACAAACCUGAGCAGGAUAAAGAAUAGCCAACAGAACAGUCACAAAUUUCCUUCACACCUUCUGAAAAAGACAAAAAACAAGUCACAAGAGCCUCCAGCAGCCAAUGGCGCCAUCACACCUCAAGCAGUGACUUGGCAGCUCUGGGUUCAGAUUGUGUCUGUGCUGAGAGAUAUCAAGAAUGUGAUAUUCUCUGAAAUGUGGGACAUCUUUUCUGUGCGCUUCCUGAUGGCUCUGGCUGUCAUGCUGUACCAUAGUAACUUUGUUCUGGCAAUAGAGGAGCGCUUCGGGAUGAAACCCAGGCUGACCGGAUACAUUAUCAGCUACAGUAGUGCCCUGGGCGUGUUUGCGGGCUUUGUGCUGGGACCAAUAAUGAGACUCUAUAAGCACAACACCUACACCAUUCUGUUGCACUCUAGUCUCCUCACCUGUGUCCUCUUGCUGCUUUACUCCACCACGCUCAGCAUCUGGGUGGUCAUCUUCUGCUCCACUUUCCUGUCCUUCUCCACUGCUAUUGGCAGGAUCUGCAUCACGGACCUUCAGCUGACUGUGGGCGGGGCUCAGGCUAGCGGGACUCUCAUAGGCCUGGGCCAGUCCGUGACGGCCGUGGGCCGCAUCAUCGCCCCUCUCCUCUCUGGAGUUGUCCAAGAAUUCAGUCCCUGUGGCCCCCCCAGCCUGGGAUCGGCAUUAGCUUUAGUGGCUAUCCUCAUCAUGGUGUUAAACAAACCUUGUUACAGUAGUGAUCAAAGUGCCAAGCUCAAAAGCCAAUAAGAUGACUUCCAUCGGAAGAGAAGUAAAAUUCAUGCUGAAAGAGCCAGGGGCAAAGGCAAUGCUAUUUGAAAGCACCCUGGAGGUAUAUCAUAGGAGCAGAAUAUGCCUUUCAAGAACAAUUCCUGCUGCAGGAUUCCCUUGAGACUUGCCAAGCUGAGUCUUCCCUGAAAUUCUGCAUUCUUGUGUUGCUGCAUUGCUUGGUGUUGGGGUCAGGGAAAGGGGGCUCUUCAGGCAUGUCUGAAGUCUUACUCUUGGGUUCUGGAUGAAGCUCCUGCGUUUCUGCAGACAUAGCAGCCCCCAAACCAGACGUCAGAAUGUUGAUGGCCCCCGUUCAGGGUCAAUGUUCACCAGGAGAAUGCAUCCCUAGGAGAUCCAUCUGCUACUUGUCCUACUACCAUUUUUAAAGAAAAGAAGAUACCAGCUAUUGAACUUGGGAUGGGCUUGUAGAAUAUGUACAAGCACUCUUGGAAUGGAUUGCCAAAGCAAGAUUCUUGGGAGAAUGGAAGUAGCUACAAGGACUUACCCACUAAAUGAAAGUAAAAGUGCACUUUAAGAUAAACAUCCAUGAUUGGGUGGGUGGCAAUGAUUUCUUAUUCACAUAGCUUAUCCUCUCCAUGGAAAUUCUGAAGAAAAGACAACUCCCAUUAAAUCAGUUUGUCAUCUUUGGAGUAGAAUGAUUUAUUUCCUAUCCUUGAUUGAUUUUGGAGAUUUUCUUAAAAUGAUGUUUAUACAAAGUGAUAUUAUCAGUUCUUCCUGUUGAAAUGUGGAAGGUUACAUAGAUUCUUUGAUCCUGUUCCAUGUGUGUUAAGUGUUAGCUGUACCAUUCCUGUCAGAAGAUUUCCUUAGGACUUGACUAAGAGCGCUGCAGUCAGCCAAGAUGAAUCUUACAGAAAUUGUGUAUGCUUGUGUUGCUACAUUGCACAGGGAAUAGAACAUUGCCACAUUAAGUUAAGGAAACCUUAUUAAUAAUAGGGCGGUGUCAUCAGGUAAGAUGUCACAUCUCAUAUGUUACUGAAUGAUAUAAAGGAGCCUUAAGAUUGUUUUGAAAACCUACUUGCUGUGCAUGAGCCCCUCAUGUGGGACCAGAAGAGAUUUUCAGUAUUUGUCAAGGAGAAACAAUACAACCUCCCAUAACCCUAAUGUCUGUGUUGCAUACUUCAGUUACAUUUGUUUGCGUACUAUUUAGGAGCCCAAGAGUGAGCUCAAGACCAAGUAUGCCGACAGAUGGGUGCGAGAAAGUUUUCCUAACAGGGACUUGUACACACUUACUCAUAUGUAGGUUCAAAUUCCUGGUUUGACAAGCUAGAGUCUGUCUGUAAUGUAGGGCAAGCCAAUGAACCCCACUGGUUUCUGACAACUCUAAAAAUCCCAGGCCUAGUUUAAAUAUAUUAUGUAGAAUGAUUUUAAUAUAAAUAUGUAAUUUUAAUGAUGCUUUUUUAAACAAUAGGUACUUCUUAAACAAAUAUCUUAACAAACCCACCUAGAGUUCCUUUCCCCAAAACAAUUUGACUAAGUGCAGGAUUCCUUUUCAGAAAGGAGACAUGGUAAAGAUGAAAAGAUGUUUUUCUAGGUUAGAAGUUGGUUUUUUUUCCCCAUUUCCUUCUACAUAAGGAUGCUAUUGAUUCAAUCACUUGUGAUUGAACUGAAGUCAAACCUGUAAUAAUUAAUUCCAUAAAUAUUUAUGAAGCACCUUCUGGAUACAUAGGAACUAUAAAGACUCUCUUUUAAGUUUCUUAUACUUUUAUUGGGAGAAGGGCACACAAAAUCAUAGACUUAGAGCUGGAGAGGACCUCAGGUGUCACUCGUCCAACACCAUCAUUUUACAGAUGUGAAAAUAGGACCAGGUGGGAAGCAAUGUGACUAAUUCUCUCUGAGCCUCACCUUUCUCAUCUGUAAAAUGAGGAAAUUAGACAAAAUGUAUCUCUAAGGUGCUUUCUGUUCUGGAUUUACAAGUCUAAGAUCCUUGAACAAGAGAGAAGUUCCAUACAGUAAAAAACGGAGGACUGAGAAGUGUUAAUAGAAAGAUAAAGGGAAAGAGACUGUGAAAAAAACUGCUGAAUGCACCCUAUGUCGUUAUCUUCUUUGUUCACACAAACAAAAUGACAGCUUUUCUAAGGGGAUUGUCAAAUUUAGGCAUAUUUUUAGGCUGCAAAAAGCAAAAUUAUAUAAUAAAUAUUAAGGGUCCAAACAGAGAGAUCCAGAUUUGACCUUUUGUUGAUGGAUAAGAUGGCCAGCAAGUUAGAGAGCACUUUAAGGUUUGUGAAGCACUUUUCCCAUGUUAUCUCAUUUCAUCCUUACAUCAGCCUUGUGAGGUAAAUGUUCCUAUACCCAUGUUACAAUAAGAAAACAAGCUAAAUGACAUGUCCAAGUUCAUUUAGUUAGUUAAGUUAGGAUUAGAACUCAUGUUUUCCUGACAGAUUAGUGUUCAUUAUUCUUCAGAUAAAAUGAAUCAUUCCUUCUGUAUAUAUAAAAUUCCUUCUGUAUAUAUAAUAUUCUGCAAUGUUUUUACUCUUUAAUUGACAGAUUUUACUUGGGGUUUCAAUGGAUAUUUUCUUAAGAUAUUUCUUACAUGUUAAUCCAUUAAGAAUUUGGAAUAUAUGUUCUCAGGGAGAUACCAACUGAUACUAUCUGCUAUUAAAGUUCUUAUUUAUUUGUUUUGUCUUGAA